UUGUUAACAUUAUUUUUACUUCCAUUUAAAAGUUUUUUUUUGUUUAUACUUUCUUCUUGUAAGCCCAGUUGAAAACCCAAAAAGACCAAAGCCCAGAAAAACAGAACAGCCGCAACCCUUCUCUGUAAUGUAACUGUAAGGCGAGGAAGACACGUGCAACUGCAACAGCAUCACAAUAUUCACCAUCCCCAAAAGUGGAAGAGCCCCUUCCCAAUUCCCGAAACAUUUCUUUGUAAUUUUGUUGCCUUACGUUCGUCGUUGAUCCUUCUCUCUCCUUUUGUUGUUCCUUUGUUCUGUCCUCGCCUUCUCAGCCUUAAAUGUAGGUAGAGACACCUGGGUUUCUUCUACACAAUUCUUUUACAAGCUGAGUUUAGAAAAAUCCAUUUCAAAUAUAAGCAAGAAGUGGGAAAAUGAUGUUCUUGAUGGGUUUGAGCAUCCAGAGCCUAUUGGAUUUGGCGGUGGCAGGGAUUUCUCUGAUGAUCGGUUUGGGAAUUUUUGCGUUUAUUGCUUCUAUUCUUUGCUCUGCUGCUUUCUUGCAAACCGCCAGGGACGUAUCUUGAUCCUUCACUCAAGAUGGUGCUUGU